UGCAAUUGCAACUCUGUUCCUCGCUAUUCUUCCGGGCCUUUGUCUCCAUGGAGGAGGCUUUGUGGCAAGUAGCACCUGAUGCUGGAGUUGUCGCUUCCGCCAGUCUGGUGGGUGGUUCAUUGGCCAAAGUGCUGGACGGCCUGGGUGCUGCUGCCACCGGUGCCUCCGGCAUUGCCUUGGGUGCCGCCUCUGCCGCCACCGGGGCGUUGGCAGCCAAGGCCUUCACCGAGCGCAGCGACCGCUUGGCUGUGGAGCAGCGCCUGGCAGAGGUUAAACGACAUGCGCCACAGAGCUGUCCGAUAUCAUUGGAACCUUUGGUUGCGGUACGGCAGAUGAUCGAAGCCGUUGAUUGGUGCUUGGCCAAUGAAGAGAGGCGCUCAGCACAGCAGAAUUUGACAACUUUAGCGUUCGGCUGCUUUGAACCUCAGAAGUUGAAGGGUCAAAAGCAAAGUGCACAGGAGAAAGCGAUCCAAAAGGAGUAUCGGAGGCAUGUAUCCAAGUUGAGAAACAUGUCAGCACCUGCUCCCCGUGCCUCCAACCAGAAGUCCAAAAAGAAAGAAAGAAAGCGCAGCUUCGAAGGUGAUGGGACUGGGGUUAUCUCCAGCAUUACCAUACCAGGUAGUAAUGAAGCUUAUGAGCGCCUCUUCAACCCACAAUGGGGCACAGUCCGGAGCAAGCAGGGGCUUUGUGCCGCCUUAGGGUAUUUGGUGCUGCAAUUCUUGGAGCUGAAGAAGACAGCCAAUGGAAACCUGGCUGAUGGGCCACGAUAUUCUCUUAGGUUGGCUGUUUCCAGUUUGGCGCGGCACCAUACCUUCGACGAACCGUUGGAUGUGAAAGCACCGCGCACAAGCCGUUUGCUUCGACCAUCCAUUGCAACAGCUGAGCUAGAUGAGAUCGAUGAGGAGGAGAACCGAUGGAAGACUCAGCCAGGACACGAGCAAGAAUUUCGGUCAGCUGCCGUCGCAUUGCUUUGCAUCCUUGAUGCUGCCCUAGCCUGGCGUCCUUCCGAUCCUUUGGGCUGGCUGGGUCAAGCAGAAGAUGCUGAGGGGGCAGUCUUGGCACGGGAGAGAGGGGUUUGUUCUUUCUCAUCUUUUGCUGGCAAGGUUCGGAAAAGCCUCAAGAAGGCCAGCGGAGGUUGCCAAAUUGCUUGGCAGCGAAUUGAAGUCCACUUAGAUGCAAUCAGAGCACGGACGCUCCCAGAACCUUGGCCUUGGAUCUGGGUGCUCAAUGAGGAGGCCUCCAUGCUUGUACGCAACAGGACAAAAGUACCCCUGCGAGUGGAACUUCAUCGACGAAAAGUUGAGGUCUCACCAUUUGCAGACUUGCCACUCCUGAAGCAGGUGAUGCGUUGGAUUCACGGCAAGGAAAGGCCUAUUCUGGUGGCAGAUGUCAAGCCAGGAAUCGAGUGGGCGCUCCGACCCAGAGCAAAGGAAGGCCGUGAGUUUCGAGUCCGAUUGAUGACGAAAGCUGGGGUGAUGGUUUGUGCUCGUGGCUUACGCAGAGGUCAAUCCUUUGAUUUCCAAGUCCCUGUGCCACCACCUCCAGCUCAGCUCCGGGUGGCAUCAAGUUCACGUCAGUCUGCCUUGACUGGCAUUGAAGGCACCAUGCAAGGACGGAUUCAAGCCACUGAUGAUGCCGUGAAAGCCUUUGGAGGAAAGGAACCUGACGAUCGCGAUGAUCGAGGAUCGAUUGCAUCCACAGCCACACCAUCCCUGGCUUCAGGGCGUCUUAGCUUUGCGAGCACCGCCUCAAGCAUGCGGCCCUCCAGUGUUGGCAAAGAGCCAAUGGAAGGCAUGGCCGCUAUGGCCCUCAAGCUAGAGGAGCGGCGGCGCAAGGUGGAAGGCCUUCCGCCAUUGGCCUCGGCAGAUGAAAAUGAGGAGAGCCCCACAACUGAGCCACAGCAGGCGCCACAGGUGGCGGCUCCAAAGGCCGAGAGACGAGGACUACUGGCCGAGAGCUCAGUUGAAGGCUUCCGGUGCUGCCUUUGCCCUCGCUGUUUGCACAGUAUGCCUUUGCGCCGCACGCGGCCACGUGCUUCUGUGUAUUCUGGGGGUGUUCGUUGUGAUCACUGCAAGAAGGAACUCAUGGGUGAGGAGGAGAAGAGCUCAUCACCCUGCACUGGUGAAGAUGCCCAAGAGGCAUUUUGCCAUUGCAGCCGCUGUUGGUUUGACCUGUGCCGACAGUGUGGGUACAAGGAGAUGAGAGAGGUGUGGUGGGGAGAGGACUGAGAGGCGGAGCAAUGAGCAACUAAAUACCACAGUUCCGUUUCAAGUCAGUGUGAAGGGAUCGCACAAGUACUAGAUUACUA